CCAAGUUUAAAGAGCUGUUUACUUAGGGACAACUGAGAAUGUGAGCAGGUCAUACGCUCAGGACUGCAACUAUCUGCUAUUGCCCUCUCCACUGUGCAUGUUUCUGGAGCCUGACGUUAGAAAGCCAGCAAGAAACAAGACUCAACCGAACCCGAUUUCCUGCUCCUCCUUUUUAUGAGUGUUUCUGUGGGUUCUUCAUCUUCUUUUUGUACCUGGGAGGGCAGCCCAGCAAAGGGCAGGAGAAAAUGACUGUCCCAAGGCUGAGGCGAGGCAACCAGCUGCUGUUCCUGGGCAUCAUGAUCCUCAUGAUCAUGGUCAUCUCCCUGCUGUUCUACGCUCUCCUCUGGAAGGCCGGCAACCUCACUGACUUGCCCAACCUGAGAAUCGGCUUGUACAACUUCUGCCUGUGGAACGAGGGCAGUGGCUCCCUACAGUGCUACCAGUUCCCUGAGCUGGAGGACCUGGGGGUGCCUCGGGUUGGCCUGGCCCUGGCCAGGCUUGGCGUGUACGGGGCCCUGGUCCUCACCCUUUUUGUCCCCCUGCCUCUCCUCCUGGGCUGGUGCAACAGUAACGAGGGAGAGUGGCAGCUGGCGGUGGGCUUCCUGGCAAUGUCCUCCGUAUUGCUGGCCAGCGGCCUGGGCAUCUUCCUCACCUGCACAUGGAAGUGGGUCAGGCUCUCCCUCCUAGAGCCUGGGUUUCUAGCUCUGGGCUUUGCCCAGGCUUUACUCAUCAUCCUGCUUAUGGCCACAGUUGUGUUCCCUCAGAGGGCAGAGAAGGAUGAGAGCAAACCUGAGAGCCGCUAGUCCUGUCUAAACGCUUACAUGAUUGCAAGGGUUCAGUUUGAACUAUGCUCAGAGAAGGUGCCAGAGAAUUCAUGAGCUGGUAUGUCUUCUCAGCCAUCCUGUUUCAUAGCUACUGCUGAUCUCAAGCUCUAGCAGACGGGACCCACCGCAGAGAAGGUGGACCUAGUCAAGGAGGCCGAGAGGCAGCAAGGGCGGCUGGGGCACCUGCGGCUUCUUAGCGUAGGGCUGUCUGUCCUCUGGGACUUGCAAGGUUCCCCAGGACUCUCUAAAACCACAUAGCUCAUUGUCAUGAGAAUUCCUGCUUUAAUUAACUGAUCCAAGAAAGCCAUUCUUAGUUUAUCCUCAGGAUGGAGGGGAGAUAAGGAUUCCUGUCAUGGGGCCAGAUUUCCAGGGUGAGCUGCCAAAUGCCAAACUGAAAUCCCAUGAAGGUUUAUGGCCACAUGGGGGACACUGCAAGAGAGAGCACCUCAGUGUCUUCGGGGCCCUGGCUAGCAAGCUCCUGUCUCCAUUUGUGGUGGGUGGGAUGUGAAGACUCCUCUCCUGUGCUGCCACUCCCAAAGGCCCAGGAAUGAUUUCUGAGAGAUUCACUGAAGACAGAAUACAAGGGCACAAAGAGAAGCCUUGUGGCUUCAAAGGUUCCCCUGAAAAGGCUUCUGGACUUAAGCCAGACAGAGGAGAGGAGUCAGCUGGCAAAUCACUCCU